AGAACACCCACCAUGCCAAGCAAAGCAAAGCAAAGCAAAGCUGAACCAACCAAUAGCCUCCCCCACAUGUUCUUGGCCCUCCUCUUUCUUUCCUCUCGAAGAAAUAGACAGAGAGAAGCAGCUUCUUGUGUUUGAUCUUUGAUAUUUAUUGAGGUCGACUCUCUCUGGGCUCAAUUCGAAGUUCUUUUUUUUUUUUUUUUUUCGUUUCGUUUCGUUUCGUUUCGUUUCGAGAGAGAGAGAGAAAGAGAGAGAGCAUGGGAAACGUUUAGGACAAACCAAGACAAGAUUGAUCAAGACAACCUUUUUUUUCCCAGUGAUUUCUAGUUAGUGAUUGAUAGGACAGUCCCUUGGCUGCAAAAAAAAAGUCAAAGAAAAUGGUGGGUCUUUUCUCGAAGUUCUCUGUGCACAGAAGUGGCCAUCGACGAGCUCAAAGUGCUCUGGAUGGGAGGGAAGUAGGGCCUCCAAAUGCAGAGGUUGCUAGCGCUGCCACUGCCGCAGCUGCUGCUUCUCAUGGAAUUGAAGUGGCCAUAGAGUUUAAGCCUGUCGAACAUCCAAUCGAGCCUCUUAAUAAUGACCAACCAAUUCAGUGCCCUCUGCCUGAACCUUCAAUUCUAAAUGACGGAAGGAUUUGGAAAGAACGAGUAUCUGCGACCGUGUGGAGAAGAACUGACCUUCCCAUCAUGAAAGAAAGUGGGUCUAUUGAAUCUGAAUCUACUGCUGGGACAAGACAAAGACCAGCCACCUCCAAUCGCACGAUUUUGCCCUCGAUAAGCGCCCCGGAACAUAAUCUUCUAAAGUUACUAGAAGAAUGUAAUGCCCCGGGGAUGUGAUAACUUCUCGUGAUUCUCAUCUUGCCAGUCACUCGAGAAAUUGAAAUCCACAUUUUGAAUACCUGUUCCUCACUCGCCUCCUUUCCUGUUUGUACCCUUAAUUUCGUAUUGGUUCGUGAAUAUAUAUGUAUCCGCAGAUGAGUCGAUUGAAAGAAAUGGUUUACACAUCUAUAUCAUCACAAGAUAUAAAAGUUUCAGUUUCUGCA